UGUUUUUCCCAGCCCUCCCAAAUUUCCCCGAAUCCGCUACCGCUGUAUCCCCGAACUACCACAAGCAGCGCGCAUACACUGUGGGCUGUGCGCAUGGGCUGCUGGAUAUAAUAACUAGGGUUGGCUUGCAGGCCGAGGGCGCGUCUCGCUGAAACACGCGUGUUAGCUACACUUCACACUGUCGACUCUUUACUGGGCCCGUCAGAAUAAAGACUUUUAGAGUCGCGUAAUACCAAGGAGCAUCGUCUGGAUUUCUUCGCCUUCUACCGUUAUCUACCUUCACCUGUGCUACUCCGUCCGUAUUCUCCAAGAAAACCGCGCACAUUUACUCUGCCCUGUCCGUCAAGCCAGUCGCAUACCGCGCAAUAUGUUUUUUCUCAAAGAACUCGAGAAGACGAUCCAGCUGCAUCCGUCGUACUUUGGUCCUCUGAUUCGCCAGCACAUCCAUCGCGAACUGUUGCAGAAAGAGGAGGGGUCGAGUACUGGAAAAUACACCAUAGUGUGCAUCUUGGACUCGUUCGACAUAUCCGAUGGCAAAGUCAUGCCUGGCUCUGGCUCCGCUGAAUACGUUGUACAUUACAAGGCAGUUGUGUGGAGGCCGUACAAAGGCGAGGUGAUGGAUGGCAUUGUCACCUCAGUGCUCCGCACAGGUUUCUUUGUAGACUGUGGGUCUUUGCAAGCAUUCGUAGGACGAAGUAUGAUCCCUGCCGAGAUCAAGUUCGACGCGAACGCCACACCGCCGCAAUGGACCGACGACGGAGAACAGGUUAUUGAAAAGGGCACUAACAUUCGUAUCAAGAUCAAGGGUCUGAGAUCUGAAGUUGACAAGAUGUAUGCCGUGGGCACAAUGAAGGAGGAUUACCUUGGCCCGCUGCCGUCUUAGUCUAACGAUAAAGCACAUUCUGUUUGACACGGGCGAUUCCUUCAGACAAAGCUCUACGCUAGCACUCGAUACUUCCCAGGUUCUCCUAGGCCUAACAUCUUCCUAUGACAGUUCUUCUGACAAGCAUUCUGCAAGAUAGCUACCGCCUUGGUUUAAGUAGUCUCUUGGUCAUAUCAGUAAAAACAUUAGGGGGCGUUGUGUUAGUCAACAAAUUGGCCACGAUUUCGUUCAAGUGAAAAAGCUCCAGAGGCUUGGCUUAUCACGAUUGCAAGGAGGGGACUGAUGAGUUAUAAAGUUGGAAGCAAUAAGCUGAAACUAUACCGUUCUAAAGUUGUCCUAGUUUAGACUUGAAUAGAAAUUUAUCUCUUGGA